AGUGGCAGUUACGAGCCCACAGUAGGCGGCGAAUCCGCAGCAUUCUCUUCCUCCCUUCCUCUCAUUUUCUGCUCUCAACUUCCAUUUAUUCCUCCUCUACCUUUUCCUCCAUUCGCCUCGUUUUACUUUUUCCACCGACAUAUCAUGGCGCCGCGCGAGGAGAGUGUGUACAUGGCAAAGCUGGCCGAGCAGGCCGAGCGCUACGAGGAGAUGGUCGAGUUUAUGGAGAAAGUCUGCGAGUCGCUGCAGGAGAAGGAGGAGCUCUCCGUCGAGGAGCGUAAUCUGCUCUCAGUCGCCUAUAAGAACGUGAUCGGCGCGCGGAGGGCGUCCUGGAGGAUUAUCUCCUCCAUCGAGCAGAAGGAGGAAUCCAGGGGGAAUGAGGACCAUGUUAGUACUAUCAAGGAGUAUAGAUCUAAGAUUGAAUCGGAGCUGUCAAAAAUCUGCGAUGGAAUCCUGAAGUUGCUCGAAGAACGAUUGAUUCCUUCUGCGUCUAGCGGGGAUUCCAAAGUGUUCUACCUCAAGAUGAAGGGUGAUUACCAUAGGUAUUUGGCUGAGUUCAAGACCAGCGCUGAAAGAAAAGAGGCUGCUGAGAGCACCCUCACGGCCUAUAAAUCUGCACAGGACAUAGCAGCUACAGAACUUGCCCCAACCCAUCCAAUUCGACUUGGACUUGCUUUGAACUUUUCUGUCUUCUACUAUGAAAUUUUGAACUCUCCUGAUCGUGCCUGUAAUCUUGCAAAACAGGCGUUUGAUGAGGCAAUCGCCGAGUUGGAUACACUAGGCGAGGAGUCCUACAAAGAUAGCACCUUGAUUAUGCAACUCCUCCGUGACAAUCUCACUCUGUGGACCUCCGACAUGCAGGAUGAUGCAGGUGAUGAAAUCAAAGAGGCUCCAAAAGUCGAAGAGGCACAACAGUAAGGGGCAAGUAGUCGAGUCCUCGUAUCUCCAUCCAUGGUCCUUAAGAAAGUUUUCUUUUCUUCUCUUUCCCUUUUACCUCGUAAUAUUUUGGGUGCCCGUGUCUUUGAGAAUAGAGUCUCAUCUACAUCACUUUGCUCGGUUUUAACACCAUCAUGCCAGCAGCUUCCCUUAGUUUUUCAUCCUGAGGUUCGGAUUUGGAUUUGGGUUAUUCAAAAGAGGAAGCAUCCUCAUCUGAUCAUACUCUGAUGAUUGUCGAUGCUCAAGCUGCGCCGGUGCAAAAUCCAAUCACCUGAGAUCGAAGAUCAGAAGGUAGAUAGAUGGCUUUUCCUGUUUUUUUUCCUGCUUUUCUUAUUAAAUAUAUAUGUAUGGCUUGUGUUUGCACUCGAAGUUUUAAAUUCAUAAAGGCAUCAUCAAUCAAUUCAAAUAUUGAUACCUUC